UCAUUUAGUUAAAUCAUCAUCAAAAUUAUGAAUCCGGCAGUAUUUAAAUUUGAUCCCUCCCCAUCUGACGAUAGAAAUGAAAAUUAUCCAUGCUGUGGGUAUUUGGAAAAUGGGGAAUAUUACAAUUGCAAUACCAUCCCAGAAAUUGAAGAGACAAAAAUUGUAUCGGAAAUUAAAGAGACAGGUCAACCCUACAAAGAAAUCGAGGUAAUGAUAAACAACAAUAGAAUAGUCCUGCGAAUUCAAAAACCACGACAAAUUGAAGAAGACGAUUCACCAAAACAACCAGAUCAAAAACCUCGAGAAUCCCAGUAUUCGAAUUUUCAAAAAGUAUCUACAUAUCCACCAAGUACAAACUCAAAAGCUGACAGAAUUCAAAAACCAGAUGAUAAUGGACCAAGACCAAUUGAAUUAGUGGCAAAUCCAAAUAUAUUUUUAUUAAAAAUUCGUAAACGUUCUUUAAACAGUGAUAAAAAAAGGGAAAAUAUUGAUUUAGAAUUUCGUAUACCAAGACCAUUUAAACCAAAACCACCUGAAAGAAAAAAAAAAAGAAAAAUUGAAUCUCCACCACCACCACCACCAGAAGUACCAGAAGAUGUUGCUGUACUUGAAGAAGAAGAAGAAAUACCAUUAAAAAAACAAAAAAAGAAAGUAACAAUGAAAAAGAAAAAAAAGAAAUAAAUUAAUGUAUGAUCAAUAUACAGAGUGAAUUAAAUUAUUGAAUGUUAAAUAUUUGAUUUACAAUUGACUAGCUCAACUACUUCAUAAUGCUUUAUAAAAAAGAAAAUAAAAAGUAAAUAAAAAAGAUUUAUAUACACUUGCAAUAUAUGUGCAUAGUAAAAGUACUUUCAUUGAUUCGCCCCAGACAAAAUUUAAGAAUGAAAAUGAAAUAAUAGAUUUACAAAAGAUUGACAUAUAAAGUCAGUAGCUAAACAUUCAGAAGCAAAAAAAUAAAAAAAAGUUCUCACGAAACCAAGACAUUUGGUUUAAGUCAGGUGUUGUGUCACUAUUUUAAAAAAAUAUACUGAAUGGACUUGGCCGAUCAGUAUGUUCAUUCUUCUAUUAUUAUUUUUUUAUUCUUUUUUUUAUUUUUCAGUCACCCGCC